AUUUAGUAAUGGCAGUUAUGCUUAAGAAACUUAAGAAAUUAUACCCACAUCCAGAAGGAAUAUUUACCAGAAGAUUAGAUACUGUUAAAAUAGUAAAAUCAAAUGAACAAUAUUUUACAAAUUUGAAAGUAAAUAAUCUUGAACUUAUUGUCAUAGUAUUAUA